AUGUCGCGCAGCCAAGCUGAGACCAUACCGACUAUGUUCACAAUACAAGAUAGGGAAGAAGAUCGUAAGAGAUCAAAGUCGAAAAUUUCAGAUCUGUCUGAGAAGCAAAAAGACUGGAACAUUUCGGUGGUCAAAAAACUUCGAAGAGAAACCUGCCCUAAUCGGGUUGGGACACUGGCAAAACUACGAGAGUAUAUGCUAUUCGCCUCAUCCGAAAUCUGGGUUCGCAGUCAAGAUGGUGUACAACAAUUCAAAGCUCUGUCGGCCAAUGCCCGCUUUAGCCAUUACGUCGUGGAUCCGUUCUAUCGCUGGUACGGAUUGAACGACCGUGUGGUGAUAACAGCAGGGUUGGGCCGAAUCGGCUUGAUAGACAGCUUAGGCCAGCAAGAUAGUUGUGUUAAUGGCGGAAGUUUCAACUAUGCUGGGUUAUACAAGAUGCCUGUCGAGUACGAAGCACUCCAACGCAGAUGUCUGAACCAGUUACCGCACUGUGGCGCUCGGGACGUACAAGAGCUGCGAGGCGAAUUGUCUCGAAGUAUAGCUGCCUUCUUCGGCAAUGACUGCUGCCAUCUCACUAGCACGGGUUUCGGAGCCAAUGUCCUUGCCUUCCCCGCUAUCAUUCAAAACGAUUGGAUGGUCAUAAUGGACGAGAAAUGCCACAAGUCGAUGUUUGUCGGAUCUUUUCUCUCGGAAGCUGGUAUGCGGAAACGCUUCAAGCACAACGACAUGGAAGAACUGGAGUCUAUUCUCAGAACAGCCGGGAGGAGGUAUUCGAACAUCAUGGUUGCCGUAGAGGGCAUAUACAGUAUGGACGGGACUAUGCCCCCUCUUGAGGCGCUUAACGAGCUCAAAAUACGCUACAAAUUCACCCUCUAUUGCGAUGAGGCCCACUCAUUCCUGUCAGUCGGGCGAACGGGUCGAGGAUGCCUGGAGUAUUGGAACGAUAAACACCCUACGAGGAAACUUCCUGCAGACCUUAUAGAUAUCCGAAGUGGAACCUUUUCAAAGGCUGUCGGGGCUAUCGGCGGCUUUGUUUCCGAAAGAUGUGAAUCGCUUCCUACAGCAGCUAUCCUGCAGGCCCUCUGGGCCUUGAAAAGGCCCCUGCAUCUCGCAAACAACAUCGCCAGACUCCGAGGUAUCUCUGAAUUUUGCCACGAAGAGCUUGAUCUUCAGGGUGUGUAUGUAUACGGAGAUGGCGAAACUCCCAUGCUUCCCGUACAUACAGGCGCCCCGACCAGAGCUUCCGAGCUGUCAUACCUACUCCGCAAACUUGGUUUAGUGUGCCCUCCGAUCAGCAAACCAGCUGUAGGAAUAUGGGAGAGUCGAGUGAGGAUAGGCUUGUCUCCCGAUUUCACUGAUGAGGAUGUGAAUACCUUAAAUACACGCCGCCUUUUCAAAUCCAUCACGUCUAGGGACUCCAUCCUGGAGGAAGAAACCGCUCGAGCUUUGCAAGAAAUGACCUGUUUGUUGGACAGCCAGAUUGCCAAAGCAGCGGGGAGCCAUAUGGCAAAAGAAAGGCAUCCCCAAAAUAUUGUCCAGGCCGGCUACGCAGCUCUCAAAAAACAUGGUCUCGGAGCCGGCUCGUCUCGUUUUAUUCUGGGUACAUUCUUACCUCAUCUAGAUGCAGAGAGCCUUACUGCGGUGAUUCUCGGGCAGCCAGCCGCGAUCACUUACGCUGACAGUGGACUCGGUCUUAUGUCUACCGUCGCUGCUCUAUGUCGGCCGAUCAUCAGCUACAGCCAACACAACUUUCUCGUUCCUGUAGACGCACCUUCCGCGGUGAAAGACGGACUCCGCGUUGCUUCAAGGAGUUGUGGAACUACUGUUAUAACAUAUACUGGGCUCGAAAUGUUAGUCAUGCUAUUAAGGGCAGCAGAUGGGGAUGCACGCGUCUAUAAUACGGUUUACGUCUCCAUUCGACCGGGUGGCGGCGUUGGCACCGAUUUGUGCGGUCUCACUGCCAGACUUGCAACAGCACAGCGAAAAAACAAGAAUAACGUCACUCUGCUUAUUGACAACGACGAUGGACGUCAGCCAACCAACGUGCCUUCGAAAAUAUCAUUGGGACCCGCUGUAAACGUGAGCAAGCCAUUGGAAGAGCUUUCUAUCCGAAUCUUGAUCUCUGGAUCCUACCGAAGCGCUCUCGGCCUUUGCGGUGGAUAUAUUGCAGGUGAUAAGGCGAUAGUGGAAGAGCUCAGGUAUAGCAGUUGUUGUUACAUGUUCAGCACUUCCCCUUUGCCGAUGCACAUGGCAAUGGUAACUGAGGCUUUGGCAACUUCUCAUUGUGCCUUAGAGAACAAGAGCACCCAAUCUGGAAGGGGCUUCCAUAGGAGCAAGAUCUUCGGCGAUCUCUACUAUUUCGGCUUCGCCCUCUUCGUUCUACAGACCGUUAGUCUCCUUCUACUGUUUGUGUUCUAA